AUGGCGGCUAAGCGGCUUCUCAGUGAAUCUUGUUCCGACCCACAUGAGCAAAACGAGAAACGGAUGAGACCUAGACCUUCUCUUGCUUCUGUGAUUGGGGAAGCUGUUAUGGUGAAUUGCUUUUGUAGAGCCUUGGAACCAGUCCUUAGAAGAGUGGUGAAUGAAGAAGUAGAGCGUAGUCUUGGACGCUUACUCGGUUCUUUCAGUGGGUCUCCAUCUCUUCGAACCCAAGCACCGGAACCAUCAACUCUUCAGCUAAUUUUCCCUAAAGGCCUUUCCCUACCAAUCUUUACGGGGAGCAAGAUCAUGGAUAAAGAAAGCAACCAACUUCAAGUCCUUUUGGUUGAUAAGAGGGGAGACCAAAUGGUUCCGGUGCUUCUCCCAAACCCAAUUAAGGUAGAUAUUGUCGUUCUUAAUGGGGAUUUUCCUUCGGAUGACGGUAACAAUUGGACUAGUAAAGAGUUUGAUAGAAACAUCGUGAGGGCUAGAACUGGGAAACGGCCCUUGCUUACCGGUGAGUUGGCAGUCACAGUGAGGGAUGGAGUUGCUUCGAUCGGACAGAUUGAAUUUACAGAUAACUCGAGCUGGAUUCGAAGCCGGAAGUUCAGAAUCGGUGCGAAAGUUGCACAAGGGAGUUCCCAGGAUGUCCGCAUUCAAGAAGCCAUGACUCAAGCUUUUGUUGUCAAAGACCAUCGUGGCGAAUUGUACAAGAAACAUCACCCGCCAAUGUUGGGAGAUGAAGUUUGGCGUCUAGAAAAGAUUGGAAAGGAUGGAGUAUUCCAUAAAAGGCUAACCUUUGCAGGAGUUAAAACAGUGCAAGCCUUCUUGAAAAUGUCAGUUGUUGAUCCAGCCAAGCUCAGAAGGAUUUUAGGUCCUGGAAUGUCUGAGAAAAUGUGGGAUGUCAUAAUCAAACACGCAAAAACUUGUGUUAUGAGCAACGAAUAUUAUGUUUUUCGAGGCUCGAAUUACACAAUCUUCUUAAAUCCCAUUUGCCAACUCGUGAAAGCAGAGAUUAAUGGGAGUAUAUAUCCCACACACAACCUGAGUAACAUUAACAGAGCAUAUCUUGAAAAUUUGAUCAGACAAGCAUAUGUAAAUUGGUCUUCCUUGGAAGAGAUAGAAGGAAGUUCCCAUGAGAUUGGCCUGCUCACACAAGAUGAUCAAACGAUAGAGCAAUAUCCCAGUCAUCAACAAAUCAUGGAGAGAUCAUUUCAACAAAAUGUGUAUUCGACAGAUGGUUCGAUUGAGGGGUAUAUGCGGUGCGAAAUGCAAGCAGACGGCAGUAAGUGGCAAAUAAGUCAGACUUAUCUGAACACCUCAAUCGAAAAUGGGAUCCGAUGGAACAUCUUGGAGUCGAAUUCGAAUGAUGAUUUGACAUCUCCAAGAUAUUUCAUCACAGGGGGUUAA